UGCACAGAAAUCAGCAUUUCCCCUAUUUCCUGCUUUUUUCUUUGUGUUUUUAAAAAAAAGUUUGAUUGAUUAUUUUUCACACUGUACUGAAUCAGGAUGAACACCAACGACUUCAAAUCCAACGUGCAGUCCAGUCUGCAGAGGGCAAAGGACAUGAGCGAUGAGGAGAAGCUGUACAGAUACAAAGGGGUGCUGUACCCGCAGCUUCUCUCCCCCGAACGGAACCUCAAGGCUCUGGAGAACUUCAAGGCCCGAGAGGAGGACAUCGUGCUGGUGGCAUACCCCAAGUGUGCUGGAGUCUGUAUGGAAAAGUACCUGAAGGACCUGAGCGAUGGCAUCCGUCAGAUCUCCUCCUUCUUCGGCUACACUCUGACGGAGGCUCAGGUGCUUCAGAUCUCAGACGGCAGCACCUUCUCCGCCAUGAAACAGAGCUCCGCUAACUCCCAUGGGGCUUUGGGGGACGUCAUCUUCAGAAAAGGCGAGGUGGGCGACUGGAAGAACCACUUCACCCCCGAACAGAGCCGAGAGAUGGACGCCGCCUUCAACAAACAGCUGGCAGGAACCAGGCUGGGAGCCAAACUCAACUACCAACGCCACUGCCAGUAGGGAGCGAGGGAGCAAGGGGGGAAGGAAAGAAGGAGGGAACAAUUGCAUUAUGAAUGGUUGUUUUAUUUACUCCAAUCUGUGAACUUUGGUUGAAAAGUUUCAAAUGUUGCAGCUCACAAGCCGGGCGCAAAACCUGCUGUAAAACGAGCAAAUUGUUGUUUUAUGGAUACUUUUUCUUUGUGCUAAGCUAACUUCGCUAUAUAAUAAGAGUUUACAUUUUUCUAAUCUUACUCUCCACCAGAAACCAGUCCUUGCGACACCUUAGGAGCGGCAACAUUUGGGUUCACCUGAAGUUAAUCUGUGCACUAAACACAAACAAUCUGUGAAUAAAAAACUGUUCUCAAACACCAGAGACACACUGCUCAUCGACACAGGAAACAUACAAGAAAUAUAUCUUCUGUGGGGAAUAAAGAACAUGCAUUCAGAUGCUUUCACACACAUACAAAUAGAUUUUAACAUCAGAAAGUGCACCUGAACAUCAGCAGAGUUUGGGGUUUGUGUGUGCAGCUCUGCAGGUACUUCAUAUUGAUAUGAAAUGCUAAUCUGUGCAGCACAUUUCAUAUACCAAAGCAACACAAACAAGCUAUAUAAAAAGUAAAAAAUGGUACAAUACGAAACAAAUAAGACAAUUUAAAGAUAAGGAAUUACAAAAGUGUUUGAUCCAGCAAUACAUUAUCAUAGUGAAGUGUUAAGGUACUGAAACACAUUUUCAUUCACCUUAAUGCUUUUAGGAUUUAACAUGUGUUGCACCCAGAAUAAAAAAAUGAAAGAGACAUACAGCAAUACCAUUUAAAAAUGCACAUAUAAUAAAAAAAACAUGAUCGUCACACAAUGAAAGUGGGCCGAGGUAAUACAAUCCUGAUGGUGUUUUCUGACAUGCUUUAAAAACGUGUAUGCAACAGGUGUAUUUUUUUUUCAGCCCAUUCCUGUUGGCUCUGAUUCAGGUCCGUAUUCAGUCACACCAGAGAUGAUCAGAUUUACUGGGUGUGAUUGUAUUCAGCAGCUAAAAUCAGGAGCACAUGAACGUUACUCCUCAGGUUGUUUUACUAUGUUUAAAAAACACAUUUAACAUUUGAAUCAUUGUCAAACUGGCAGCUACCGGUCUGAACUCGUGGGAAAACGCACGUCAUUCUGGUUUUUGAAAUUGUGGCUUUUAUACAACUUUGUGAAUACGGGCUUUUAUACAUUUGCACAAUCACUGUUUAUUCUGUAUGGUUAUUACAUAGGGUGCAUCACUGUACAUGA